AUAUAUAUAUUUAUAUUUAUAUAUAUUGUGAAGCAUCACCAUCAUGGCUACUAGAAUUCCUGAGAAUCGCCGUGAUUGGAUGUGUGGUACUUAUUGCCAUGAAUUUGAGUACUUUCCGACACAACCGGCAGCGAGUUUGUCCGAAAUGGUUUUCGGGUUUUUGGAGGAUGGUGAAGGGUUGCCGGGAAGUGUAAGUAGUGAGGAAGGGUGUGGAGAAAUUGAAAACUAUGAUGAGGAUGAAGAGAAAGAUAAUAUUGGUAAUGUUGAGGAGGAUAAGAGUUAUUGGGAAAACCAGCAACAGAUUUUGCAGGCUACCUUACGAAGGACUUCCUCUCUGGAAUCAAGGAUUAGAAGUACAACAAAAGAAGCACUAAAAGAGAUACAGAGUGCAAAUACAGUCUGUGCUUGUGGAAGACCGUUGGCAAGCAGCUGCCGGAAUUGCCUGAUGGGAGAAGUUUCCGGCCGCCUGCAAAAUGCCGGUUACAAUAGUGCCAUUUGCAAGUCUAAAUGGAGAAGCUCCCCAGAUAUUACAUCAGGAGAGCACACCUUCUUGGAUGUCAUAGAAAAUUCUGGUUCUAAGAAAGGUGAGGUGAGGGUGAUAAUUGAGUUGAACUUCCAGGCUGAGUUUGAGAUGGCAAGAGCAAGCGAAGAUUACAACCGGCUAGUCCAAAGACUUCCUGUAGUAUAUGUAGGAAAAGUAGAAAGAUUGAGUACCCUAAUCAAGAUCUUAUGUUCCGCUGCCAAGAAAUGCAUGAAGGAAAAGAAAAUGCACAUGGGGCCAUGGAGGAAGCAGAAGUACAUGCAAGCGAAGUGGCUUAGUCCAUGUAAACGGACUACAUCCACACCAAACUUGUCAAUGGGAUACUCUAACCCUUUGCCAAAGCCUAGGGCUUCCAUGCUCACGGUAGAUUUGCUAGAGAAAUUGCCUAAUGUGCGUUGCACAGCUGUUGAAGUUGUGUGAUUGAUGUGAAACAAAGAUUUUUUAUUCUUAUUCUUGCUUGUGAUCCAUAAUUUAGUCGAGUUU